ACAAUUGCUUCUACAGCCACACGUCCUCGAUCGUCCACUAAAGGCCCUCUUGAUGUCGACGAUGUACCUCUAGCAUCACCUUCUAGUAACCCACAGCAGAGAGUGGUAUCCCUUACCGGGCACCCAGGGAGCAGAACCCCAGGAACAGCAUCGCCAAUACCACGAUCACCAGCCCGCUCCCCCGCCCCAAGCACGCCAUCAGCAUCAGCAAUGAGGCGAGGGGGACCACCCAAACCAAAAGACUUCUCCUACCUGCUGCGCCCAGAAAUCUACCAUCCACUCAGCGCGCUCAACAUCCCCGCCGCCUUCCGCAACUCCCCGAAACAGCCCUCCGCCGACACACCCAUCCCGGAGCUGCUCUCGCGGGGCCAUUUCCGCGCCGCCGCCAUCGCCGCCGCGCAAGCGCUCACGGGAACCGGCACCGGCACCCACCUCGCUCAGCCCUCGCCGACCGACCACGCCCGCAUCUUCGACCUGCUCUAUACGCGCCUGGCGUGCCUGACCCUCACGGACGCGACGGCGCUAGCCGCGCAGGAGGUUAAGGCGCUCGGCGACCUGAACAGUGCGUUCUACUACGACCAUGAGGAUGCGGCGGGAUCUUCGGCUUUGUCUGCUGCCGUGUACCCGAGACACCUCGUCCCCUGGGACCUGCGCGUCCUCAACGUGCGUCUGCAGGCGCUUGGCUUCGGGGAUCCCCGCCGCGCUGUUAUGAGCUACUAUGACCUUGCGAGAGAGGCGCGGGUCAGGAUUGUUGAGGCUGAACGGGCGGGGGCUGGUGAUGGUGGUGGUGGGAAUGAUGCUAUGGUGACGGUUUGGAGGGAAAGGUUGGCGGACUUGGGGAUUCGGGUGGCGGGGGCGUUGGUAGAGAUGGAUGACCUGGCCGGGGCGGCACAUCAUUUGGCUACGUUGAGGGACGAUGGGCCUGGCGGGGGGAGGAUGAGAAUGCGGAGGGCGUUAUUGUGGUUGCACUUGGGUGAUGUGGAGGCUGCGAGGGGCUGCCUCGGGGAUGGUGAGGGGAAUCAGGUGGAGGAAAAGGUGGUUGAGGCGUUGUGCGAGAUGGCCGAGGGAGACUAUGAGGCUGCGCUGGGGAGGUGGAGGGAACUGAGGGAAGCGGUAGAUGAUGAGAUGGUUGGGGUGAAUUUGGCUGUUUGUCUGUUAUACGUGGGCAAGAUGCAGGAGGGCAAGGCGUUGCUGGAGGGUCUCGUUGACUCCGGUCAGAAUUCCCGGACGUUGCUGUUUAAUUUGACGACAAUGUAUGAGCUGUGCACUGAGAGGUCGCGGCCGUUGAAGAUGAAACUGGCAGAGAAGGUGGCGGCUAUGGACGAGACAGUGGACGGGUGGGAAAAGACCAAUGCCGACUUUAAGUUGUAG